CGGACUGAGCUGCAAACUAGGGUUUCUUUUGUUACGCCUCUGUCAACUUGGAUUCCCCCUUCUUUUCGCGGCCGAGCCUCCAUCACCGAUCAGCGAAAAUGACUAAGAGGACGAAGAAGGCCGGUAUUGUUGGAAAAUAUGGUACCCGCUAUGGUGCUAGUCUCCGUAAACAGAUUAAAAAGAUGGAGGUCAGCCAGCACAGCAAGUACUUCUGCGAGUUUUGUGGGAAGUAUGCAGUGAAGAGAAAGGCCGUAGGAAUAUGGGGCUGCAAGGAUUGUGGGAAGGUCAAAGCGGGCGGGGCAUAUACCUUGAACACUGCUAGUGCCGUGACGGUGAGAAGCACAAUCAGAAGACUCAGGGAGCAAACUGAGAGUUAAGCCAUCACAAGUUUCUGUCUGAAUUUUGAGAUUAGACUCAUCACUUAUGUAGUCAUUUUUCCAUUUUGCUUGCAUUUUUUGGGUUAUUUUCAGACAACUAUGACAAAUCUUCUGCCUCAAUGGAUUUUAAACAAUUAUGACAAUUUUUCCCUUCCUACCAAAAAAAAAAAAA